AUGCCCCGAUCGGGUGGGGAAGAGGGAGGAGCGGAAGAAGCCGGUGGAGAUGAAAAGAAGAAGAAUAGCAAGAAGAAGAGGCCGCACCGGCCCCUGCAGCGCGAGAGCAGCUCCUUCUUCUCUGCCGACGAAGGCGAGGGGGCGGAUGUGCUGAUGCUCAACAAAGAUGACCUCCUCUCGGAUCGACUCGAGCGCAAGAUGCGCAAUCUCAACCAGCUCCGCCGCUCAUCGGUCGUCUCUGGCAUGAAGGAGCUGUGGAUGGAGGACCUCCCGCACCCGCAGCGCAGCGGUUUGAGCGCCGCCUGGGAGAUGCCCACCGGCUACGCGGGGGAGGCGGAUCGGGACGAGCUGGAGAAGGAGCUGUACCAGUGCCUGUCGGCCAAGACGGCCCUCAUCCUGCCCUUCCACUGGGGCGACAACCAAAAGUCCAUCACGCAGUGGAUCGACCGCCUCCUUAAGCGAACCAUCAUCGACAAGGAUUCGGGGCGGCGGGUGCAGCUGUGGGAGAGCGACUUCAUGCUGCCGUUCGAGGUGAGCGAGCUGUCGGCCCACUUCCGCCAGAUCGUCGGCUGGAACGAGACCGUCAAGCGAUUCAUCCAGCAGCAGCAACAGCAGCAGCCACGCGCCUCCAGCGGAGACGGCGGCGGCCUCAACUUCGGCGAGUUUUCGAUCCACCAGCACAGCGAGUUCACGCCGCGGCCCGACGAGCUCGGUCAGUCCCACGCCGAGAAGGAGGAGCGACGCAAGGAUCGCAUGCACCGCCGCAUGAACAAGCAGAUGACCCAGAAGAAGGCUGGCGGCGCCGGGAGCGGUCGUCGGCGCGGCGCCGCGCCGCAGCCGGGAGGCGAGGGCGAGGCCGAGCGCGAACGGUCGUCGACGACCGAGGAGGGCGAGACGGAGGAAGACGAAGCCGGGCGGGACGACGGACCCAACCGGAACUGCCUGCUGAUGGACGAGGGCGGCGACAUCGAAGCCGAGCAGGAGGAGGAAGAGGUCGAGAGCAUCGCCAACGACCUUGAAGUCUGGAAGUGCCAGCGGAUGAAGCUGACGCGGAAGGCGCGCGAGAUCCUGUUCCCCAAUCCGUGCAUCUGGGCGUCGUCGGGUGACGCGAUGCCGUCGCCCGUCCAGGCGCGCGACGAGGAGCGCCGCCGCCACAUGGCGGGCGGCAGCCAGGCCAGCAGCAGCGACAGCGACUACGAAAGCGACGGCGCCGACACCACCUUCCCACCCGACGACAACAUUCCACGCAUUCCGCCGCCGCCCGCUGUCCACCACUCGGUGUCGGAGCCCAGCCUGGCCAUGGCGCCCGCCAUGUCGACAGUCGAGGCGGCGGCCGAGGAGGCGACGACGCCGCAGCCGGCAUCCAGGGGCCGCAAGGCGAGUGUGCCGUCGCUGCCGACCUCGUGGGAGGACUACGCGCUCACUGGCUCGGCAUCGACGGUCAUCGCGCCGCCCCAGAUGCCCCAGGGCUGCACCGUGCUCUCCAAAUGCGACAACAAGAUCGGCUUCGAGGUGGAGAUGGAUUCGGUGGAGUUGGUGAUGUACCCGUUGGGCUGCGGCCUGCUGGUGUUCCAUCUCAACUGGAUGCCCGAAAAGCUCAAGGACGUGCCCCUCACCCUCGACGAGCUCCGCACGUGGCUCUUCUUGGUCAAGUUCCGCCACAAGGUGAAGAAGGUUUUCAUGGGGUGGACGCUGGGUAUGGAGGCGGCGCUGAUUGCGCACGGCCUCAGCGAGGGCUUGGACAAAAAGAAGAAGGCCAACAUGGGACCCUUCCUGCCCUCGCACCUUCGCUCCCUCGGUCGCCUCGGCAAUUCAAUCUAUGGGGACGAGCUGCUGUCACUGUGUACGAUCGGCAAUUGGCUGCUCCAGCUGCCCCACGAGGACCCAACCUCGCCCAUCCGCCGCAUUUCCUAUGGCGCCUGCGCCAAUCACCACACCACGGUGGUGCUGGACCGGGAGCCGGACGAGGCCGACCUAAAGGAAUACUUGUUCCACCUGACCCGAGCGUUCGGACAGCGCAAUCGGCCGCCUCCGCCUGGCGUGGCCGAGCGGCAGCGACUGGACCACAUGCUCGUGCACCGACUCAACCGCUACAUUGGCGUUUCCAGAGAGGGCACGGUGGCGAUGAGCUGGCCCACGGACGCGGCCAACCGACACUUUGAGGCCCACACGUGGCCCAAGCUGUUCCAGGGCGUCUAUCUUAUCCUCUGUCUGCACGCACGCGGCGAGGCGAGCGUGCUGUCGGAGCUCUCCAAUCUGUCGGCGUCGGCUGCCGAGCACCUGCGGCUGGAGUCGCUCAUGGAGGGCGAGACGCUGGAGAAGCUCGAAAAGGACCGCACCUACCUGCGCUACCUCGCCGUGCUGCUCAUCAAAUACUCCCUGGGCAUGAGCAGCGAUGACUGCGGCGGCCUCUCCGAGUACUCACACUUCUUCUCCACCAUGCGCCGAGUGCUGCGCAUACCGGAGACGAGGCAGGAGAUCCGGGAGGAGAUCCACGACGUGCUGGGCAUCGUCGAGGGCGGCUACCUCGAAGAACAACGACGACAGCUCCAAGAGGAAAAGCGAGCGCAAAAGAAGAAGGAGAGGGAGCGCUACAAGAGCGACAGAGACAAGGAUGCCCAGAAGCGUCGUAUCGAAAUCCUCCUCUCCAUCAUCGGUGCGAUCACGUUGCCGUUGGUGCUCGUGAGCGGCAUCUGGGGCAUGAACGUGCACGACCUGCCCGACCUGUCCUUCUGGCCGCUGCUGGGUGUCACCAGCGGCUCGUCGCUCAUCUUCCUCGCCAUCCUCCUCGGUUGGCUCUUCUUUCUCUCCCCGCGCCCCAGCACGUCGGCCAGGCGCGGCGGAGGCAGCGGCAGCGGCGGCGCCGGCAUGACUCGCGGCGCGAACAACAGCAACGGCGGCUACACGUCGCUGGCGUCGACGGCGCCGUCGAGCCCGCGGUCAUCGUUUGACGCCGAGCGUACGGCGACGAUGAGUUCGCUAGCGGCGGGCACGACGAGCGAGCGGUCGCUGGCGUCGGCCUUUGCCGCGCUGUCGGGCAUGGGCAAGGCCCACCGCGACCAACGGCCGGGCGAGCUGCACCACCACGACUACCUCACGCCCUCGCGCGUCAACGCCACAACGCCGCGCGUCUCGUUCAACCUCCCGCGCGACAGCGAAAAUGGCGAGACUGCCAGCAACAGCACUGACAGUCGCACCAACGCACGCACGCACACGCACGACCUCUACUCGAACCCCUGGUAA